AUGGCAUGGACUCUAUUAACCGCCAGUUUCUGCUUCUUUAUUCCCGAGCAAUCCAAAGUGUAUUUGGGUCUCAUUACUCUGUUCGUCUUCUUGUUUGAGGCAUUCUACUCUCCGGGUGAAGAGCCUCUGUCUUAUACUUACUCCAUCGAAGUAUUUCCUCUUUCUCAUCGCGAGGUUGGCAUGUCUUGGGCUGUGACAACCUGCCACUUCUGGGUGGCCAUUCUUUCCAUACCCUUCCCAAGAAUGCUUGCAAUUAUAACCCCAACCGGUGCAUUUGGCUUCUAUGCGAGUUUGAAUGUCACUGCAUUUGUUAUGAUCUUCCUUUUUUUCCCCCGGAGACGAAGCAGCGUACUUUUGAAGAACUCGACUAUAUCUUCGCUGUCCCCACCCACGUGCACAUGCAUUGCCAAGUUUUCAAAGUGUUACCAUGGUGGGUUCGCCAUUAUAUCUCCGGAAGGAUGUCCAGCUCCACCCACUUUACAGGUUUGA